AGUUCAAGGUGGUUCAGAUAUCAGCGCUCUGCGCGCAACAGGACGGACCGAGCUCAGCCCGAGAGGGACUCAUACAGUCUUCUGCAACGAGAUCCGACUGAUUUAACUGAAGUGUUGGAGCGAUUUUUCUGUGAAAGGACAAAGCUGUGGAAGAAAUGAAAGCGUGGCGCGUUGUGUUUCUGUACUUUCUGGUGUUGGAUGCAGUUGCGCAGCAUGUGACGUCCCUGGAAGAAGAGCUCGCCGAUUCUAUUUUUGGUAACUUCCUCGACCCUCUGAAAGACUUGAUUGAACACAAGGAUGAUGCCAAUCAAACCGUUGCGAAAUUCUCCCUCCGGAAACCGUCCCAUCCCGACGACGACCUGUGCUACAUCGUUCCUGGCAAACCUGACUCCCUGGCAGCCUGCACCUUCAACAGCUCCUCCAAAACCUUCCUAGUGAUCCACGGAUGGACGUUGAGCGGCAUGUUUGAAAGCUGGGUGGAGAAGCUGGUGUCAGCGCUGUAUGAGAGAGAGCAGACGGCCAACGUCAUCGUGGUGGACUGGCUCACCUCGGCACAGAACCACUACGUGGUGGCUGCUCAGAACACCAAAGCAGUGGGACAGGAGAUCGCUCGCUUCAUCGACUGGAUCGAGGAAACCACCAACAUGCCUCUUGAGAACAUCCACCUGAUUGGCUACAGCCUCGGCGCUCAUGUGGCAGGAUUCGCUGGAAGCCAUGCAACCAAUAAAGUCGGACGAAUCACAGGUCUGGACCCAGCUGGUCCUGACUUUGAGGGGAUGCACGCCCACCGGCGCCUCUCCCCCGACGACGCUCACUUUGUGGACGUCCUCCACACCUUCACCCGCGGCUCCCUGGGUCUCAGCAUCGGGAUCCAGCAGCCUGUCGGCCAUGUUGACAUUUACCCCAACGGAGGCAGCUUCCAGCCAGGCUGCAACCUCAGGGGGGCCCUGGAGAAGAUCGCUAACUUUGGGUUAUUUGCCAUCACAGACGCAGUCAAGUGUGAACAUGAGCGCUCCAUCCACCUGUUCAUCGACUCCCUGCUGAACGAGCAGGAGGCGGCCAAGGCCUACAGAUGCGGCAGCAGCGACACGUUUAACCGCGGCAUGUGCCUCAGUUGCCGCAAGAGCCGCUGCAACACGGUGGGCUACGACAUCAGCAAAGUCCGCAGGGCGCGCAACGUUCAGAUGUACACCAAGACGAGAGCCUCCAUGCCUUUCAGAGUUUACCACUACCAGCUGAAGAUCCACUUCUCCAGUAAAGUGAACCGCUCAGAGAUGGAGCCGUCACUCACCGUCUCGCUGUACGGGACAAACGACGAGGCUGAAAACCUGGAGCUUAAACUGAAGGAGAAAAUUGCAACAAAUAAGACACAUUCGUUCCUGCUGGUGACAGAGAAAGACAUUGGAGAUCUCCUGAUGCUGAAGUUUAAAUGGGAGGAGACAAACGGUUGGUCGACCUCCAGCAUGCUGAAGAUGGUUUCUUCUUGGUGGUCCGGUGACUCAGACGGUGCAAACAUGGAGGUCCACAAAAUCCGCAUUCGCGCAGGCGAGACCCAAAAGAAGAUGGUGUUCUGUGUCAAAGACCCUGAAAGUCAGACGUUAACACAAGAGGUCACCUUUGUUAAGUGUAAGGAUGCAUGGAGGACGAACUCGAAACAAGCUCCUGAAAGAGUAACUCUGGAGAAGCACUGACCUCGAAGAAAAAAACAUCCCACUCCACUGUUGAACAUCCAGUCCAAUCUAAUUUAGUAAAUAAUUUAUACACCUGUAACUUAUUUUACUUCUCAGCAUUUUUCAAAACUCCCACCGCCUUGUAUAUAUCCACAAAAGUAUGUUUGUUAUUUAAAAAAAAACAAAAAAAACAUCUAUGUGAAUAUGGUUAAAUAUUUUAUAAAAAGUUGUUCUUUUCGUACCUGUAUGUAUGCUGUCUUCUUCUGUGGUGCAUCUGUUGUGUCCUGAAAGUUGGGUACUAAGCCUCACAUACUGAGAGGUGCAACCAACUGGAUUUUCUUCAAUAUCUCUGGAGGUACUGAUGUCCCAUUGUGUGAAAUACCUCAAGUUAAAUUUCAUAUUCGACCACUGUGAGGAAUCGUCUCCUCUUUGUGUCCAUGGAGGUCUGCAAAGGGAAACAUGAGAAAUUCUUCUUCAUGAUAAGAUGAGAGUGUUUUAUGCAAUAGGGUCCACAUUAUUUACCUUAACGUGUUAUCUAACCUAACAGCAUUCACCACUGUGGCUCUCAGUACUGUAUGUGACUGUGGGACCUUCAUCAGUGUGCCUUAAACUGUAAACAGUCACCAGAAGUAAGCUGUUGCUGUUUGUCUUAACUUGUUGCUGUUUUUUCACCUCAGCAUGCUUUGUUGUCAUUAUUCAAUGAACCGUGUGACUUUUUACUGAAAACGUCACCCAUGAAAAAGACGUUUUAAUAUCCUCUGCAAGAUGUUACUUUGAAGCUGUUACCGCAUAGAAGACAUUUUGUCUACCAUGGUUUUAUUAAAUGGGUGAAAUUCAAUGAGGAGCGUGCUGCUCAGUGUGAGGUGGAAAGCACCGUUCAUAUCAGUGUUGUCAUGUUGUUGUACUGUCUGUCACUAGUCACCUUUAACUUCUGUGCAUUUGACUUUUUAGAUCUUUUAUUCAAAAUUACAUUUCCAGUUUUGUCAGCAGUGUCUCAACCUCGGCUCUUUAGAGAUCGGUACUGUAAUCAUUGUGACUUCAUUUCAACUGACUUGAAAAAUGUGGAAAUGUUUUGACUUUUGCACUGAAAACAGGGGUCGAGAUUGCUUAACCAAGUUACUUGUACAGUAAUGUAAAUACAGCCAUUGCAGAUGAUAGAUUUUGUAGUAUUCAGCACUGUUAGUUGUAUAUUUCUGUUUGGAAUUUAACAUGUGAAAUCUAUAAUUCUUUGUACAUAUCUGUAAAUAUUCACUGUACUGUAUACAUUCUUUAAUAAACCAAAAGUGCCAACCGAGA